GAUUGUGAACAGGCGGAUGCAAUGCCUUUCGAAAGGGAUGAACUGGAUUUGAUUUUGGUCCCUGCUGGAUUGCUCAUCAUGCUUGGUUACCAUCUAUUCCUCCUUUACAUGUACUUGCAUCGUCCUCACACCACCGUCACUGGCUUCGAAAACCACGAUAAAGAAGCUUGGGUUGAAGGAGUUUUGCAGGCUGAUAAAGAUGAAGUUAGCAACGCUUUAACAGUCAUUGGGUCGAACACCUCGGCUGCAACUUUUUUAUGCUCAGUUUGUUUAACUCUAGGCUCUCUAAUCGGAGCCUGGCUCGGAAAUUCAUCGAACAACAUCUUCCGAAGCACCUUAAUCUAUGGCGAUACGAGGCAAUCCACAAUGUCGAUCAAAUUCAUCUGCCUCUUAACCUGCUUCUUCCUUGCAUUUUCUUGCUUCGUUCAAUCGGCAAGGAACUUCGUUCAUGCAAAUUAUCUCAUAACCACGCCAAACUGUGAGGUGUCGGUGGAAGCCGUGAAAUUAGCAGUUAUCGGAGGAGGUGAUUGUUGGUCACUUGGGCUUCGAUCUCUUUAUUUUGCUCUUGUUUUUCUUCUCUGGUUCUUUGGGCCAAUCCCAAUGUUUGUUUCUUCGAUAAUAAUGGUGUUUAUCCUCUAUUAUCUUGAUACCAACACCAAGCCAUUGCAUCCCCAUCGAAAGCUAAACACCGAGAAACUCUCUGCAACAAUCAGUCGUCGCGGUUUAGUUGCCCGGUAUUGAUUUUUGUGUUUUAAGUUGGUGUAAUUAUAGUUUAUUCCCUCUAUUAUUCUGAAAUUUCAUAUUUAAUCAUUAUACU